AAGCAGGGGCCUCUCCCUCCUCCUGCUGGGCACUGGGCGGCGUGUGCGGGUGCCUUUAAAUGGCUUUCGCGGGAGCUGCUGCCUGCUCAGUCUCGUCUGUGAUGUAAGAAGAGACUUUAGGUGUCUGCGCCGAUCGCCUGACUUCCCCCACCACUUCUGCUGGGCUCAUUCUUUCCCUUGCCGUCCUUGGCUGCCCCGCUGCUGGGUGGUUGUGCUGAGCAGCCUUCGCAGCUGGUCCGGCUUGUCUUUCCCUGCCGAGCAUCAGCUGCUGCGGGCGCCCUUCGCUUGCUGGCCAGGGCAGAGCGCGCGGCUCCUAUCUCGGCUCAGCCUCGGGGCGCGCAGGCAUGGAGAAGGAGGAGGAGUGCAGGGUGCUCUCUAUCCAGAGCCAUGUCGUGCGCGGCUACGUGGGCAACAGGGCGGCUGCCUUCCCCUUGCAGGUUUUGGGGUUUGAAAUUGAUACCGUGAACUCUGUCCAAUUUUCAAAUCACACAGGUUAUGACCACUGGAAGGGACAGGUACUAAAUUCAGAUGAGCUUCAUGAAUUGUAUGAAGGAUUGAAGCUGAACAAUGUCAAUAAGUAUGACUAUGUACUUACAGGCUACACAAGAGACAAAUCAUUCCUUGAAAUGGUGGUUGAUAUUGUCAAAGAACUAAAGCAACAGAACUCCAAUCUUGUAUAUGUGUGUGAUCCUGUGAUGGGUGACACGAGGGAUGGAGAAGGCUAUAUGUAUGUUCCAAAAGAUCUCCUUCCAGUUUACAGAGACAAGGUUGUGCCUGUAGCAGAUAUAAUAACACCUAAUCAGGUUGAAGCUGAAUUACUCACUGGCAGAAAGAUACGCACUGAAAAAGAUGCUAUAGAGGUAAUGGAUAUACUCCAUAAUAUGGGACCAGAGACUGUUGUAAUCACCAGCUCAGACCUUCAGUCGCCUUCAGGAAAUGAUUACCUGAUAGCAUUAGGAAGCCAAAGGAGAAUUACAGCAAGUGGCACCACAGUGACGCAGAGAAUCCGAAUGGAGUCUCCUAAAGUAGAUGCUGUCUUUGUUGGAACAGGGGACCUGUUUGCUGCCAUGCUCCUGGCCUGGACCCACAAACAUCCAGACAAUCUUAAGGUGGCAUGUGAAAAGACAGUAUCAGCCAUGCAGCAUGUUUUGCAGAGGACCAUCAGAAGUGCAAAGGAACAAGCCGGAGAAGGAAACAGGCCUAAUUCAGCCCAGCUGGAACUGAGGAUGGUCCAAAGCAAAAAGGACAUAGAAAACCCAGAGAUAAUAAUAACCGCUACUGUGUUAUAAAGGUUGUUUAUCACCUAACAACGCACAAUGUUAUUGAUGUCCUCAUUUUCUUUCCUGUAAAUUGUAAUGUUUGCCUUAGAUCUGUGACAGAAACCUGACUUCCAUGAAAUAGUGUCCAGCAUAGAUGAGAUCCACUACCAAGCACAUGUGCUGGCCUUUCUUGGAUUAAGAAGAAAAAAAAGUUAGGUGUAUUAUAACUCCCUCCCAGGUAUCAAAAUGGCUGUCAGAUUACUUCAGUCAUGUUAAGAAUCCUGGGCAUGGGAGAACAAGGUUUCCUGCCUUGCCAAAGACUUUCAGAAUGCAUUUGUCAGUGAAAUGAUUGGCUGGAGUGUAUAUUCUGUGGUAAAGCAUCUAGUGCCAAUUCACUUGGUUACCUUUUCCCUUACAUGAAGUGAUUUGGUAGCUUACUGCAAUGUUCAGUACCUCAACCACUCUAGAAUACAAUAUAGAGGGAAUUCAGGAGGACAGGGUGGGGUCUGAAUAUGAUUUGCUUUUAGCUGCUGUGCACAGGCCUUAUUAUUACAGCACCAUGUUUCUGAGAACUGCUCCCAUUUCGAGUCUAUGAAUAAAUGCAAGACUCCACUGCCCAGAGGUGCUAAUCCUUUAAUCUCAAGAAACCAAAAGUAUCCCAUUUCACUUUUUGUUUACCCCCUUUGAUUUCUCAAAAAAGGAAUGCAGCUGAAUAAAGGAAAUGAUUCUACCUCUGAUAAAAUGUUGCUUGUCUCAGUUUUAAACUGUAAAUUUCCUUGACCAGUAUAUGAAUAUCCCAGUAUAUCUAUUAAGGCUACGAGGAGACUGAAAGUCUGUUGUAAAUUGAGACCAAUUCACUGUUUAUGAUCAUGGAUGAAGACAAACCUCUAGAGUAUUCUUUUGCUUCAUGCAAAUAAUAUAAUUAAUAAAGAACCAUAUAUUCAGUAGGUCCUGAUGCAUACUACCAACAAAAGCACAACACAUCAGACAUUACUAUUACACAACCUCCAGGCCUUUCCAAGAAGCUUUGCACAGGAAUCUCAUGAAAAUCUAGUAGAAAUUAGGGUUUGUUACACCACUGUAGUUUUGAGGGAUUACACCCAAAUUUAUAUGCCAUACCUGAGUAGAUCUACCAUCAAAAUAAAACAUAUCUCUUUUUCUGGAUUUUAAACACUUAUUUUUUAAAUGUCACUCUUAAAAGAACUUAAUCUAUGCACUUCUGUGAAGAUUAAACAUGUUCAAAAACAAGCGCUUAGAUUUUAUAACAUGCAAUAAUCCCUUUAAAGUUAUCAUAAUAGUAUCAAUGUGUUUUAAUUGCCAAUAGUGUGUCUCAGGUCUCUGCAUAGUCCAUUUAUUUAGAAAUUUAAUCCUCCCUUUCCACUCUUUCCCAUUCUGGCUAUAUUUUUCAUAAACUGUUAUGGAUAAAUUGAUUUUUGUGUUAUUCCUCUUCACUUCUUCCUUGGGGCGUAACAGGGUAUCUAUGAAAGCAAACCAUCCUUAGAGCCUACAGCACUCUGUAAAACAUUUGUGAACAAUGUUCUUCCUUGAUGGAAAAAGUCAGACUGUUUUCUUUAUUCUUUUUCUUUUAUUAGAAUGUUUUAAGCUAGGACUCCUGCCAACAUGUAUUAUGGCAUUAAUGGGUUUAUUAUUUAUUUAGAAAAUUUAUGUGCCAUCUCUCUGGAGACCUCCUCAAGUAUGGUGGGACCAUUGUGGGUCUUUAAGCACCUUUAUACGUCCUGUAGGUUCUUCUUAGAAUGUUGACACUUCCAAUUUUCACUUAUUAAAAAUCCUCAAGUUUCUAACCCUCAUGACUGAAGAACUCGGUUCGAUAGUAAACUCUCUUGGUGUAGUCCUUGCCAAACAAACAAUUUUCCCAGCUGCAUCAGAGACAGAGCAAUCUAAUGUCUGCUAAAGUUUUUUUUAAAUACAGAAAAA